CCAAGACAUAUCGGCGUGCCAAGUUACAACACAUUCCCGCUGUUUAGGAUGAUUUCAAAAGACGGCACCAUUCCAUAAUGACGGAUCGAAUGACGGAUCGAAUGACGUCGGCAUAUCUUUCACCGUCUCCACAAGUUCCACCUGUUAACGCGUCUCCAUUAAACGCGUUCAGACGCAUCGCAUUUUGACCAUCUCGACAGGCGACACUGCUGCAACAUCAUAUGCACACCACAUCCUAGUCCAUACACAGUCCGAAUAAGUCUGAGUCAUGCCAUCGAUAGCUUUCGAAUCCCAGCCUCUCAAAGCGCCGCUCAACGACACUGCUCUCCGAUUGCUAGGCGAGCUCACAACCGACAAGACCCGUACCACAAAACUCGCCAAACUCCUCAAAGAUGCAGCCCAGCAUCUGACCGAGACCGUGGGAGAUGUUCGUGAGACCGCGCACGAUCGGACAGAACGCUACGAAAGAGAACGGAGACGCCGAAAGGAUAACGAUGACGAGAAUGACGUUGCCGAACAAGCACACGAGGAAUUCCAAAAGGAAGUCGAAACUCUUACAAACAAGAUGGACACGAGCAUCCGCGCCAUAGUCGACGACCAGAUCUGGCUCGAGGACCUGCCAAACGUCCUGAAGACAGCAUUCGACAAGGCCGCAAGAGCAUCGCAACGCGCAGAACAAUCCGGAGGUACUCAAAUGUCGCAGUCCACCCGACAUACCGUUAGCGACGACGAGGACGAAAACCAAGACGAAGAAGACGAAGAAGACGAAGAGCCAACCAACGGUCGCACCCGCUCUACCCAGACCGCGCCUGCAUCAUCAAACACACCACACGCUCUCCUCUCUUCAGCCCUACAAAAGCAACAAAAGACCUGGUCCACCAGAACACCGACCGAGAAAUACGCCCACAACAACACCUACACCGGCUUCAAACGCAACUGGUUCGAAGGCGACCACCCAGGCGACGAGAAACCCCCCAUGCCCGCCCCAGGACUAUGGUUCGCCGCGGAAGAAGGCCGAGAAGUCAUAUCAUCAUCGCAACGACACCGACACGGCACCUCAGCUGAAGCCGAUAACGACGACAACACCAGUGGCAGCGAGGUCGAAAUCGCCAGCGAGAGAACCCGACUGAAAUGUCCCAUCACGUUCCUCUCCUUCAAAGACCCCGUAUCCUCCGACAAAUGCGGACACUCGUACGAGCGCUUCGCCAUCCUAGACAUGCUGAAGGCCUCGCAAGACAGACCAAAACAAGUCCGCUGUCCAGAAUGCAACGUCCCCAUGACGGAAGACGAUCUGCAGCCCAACCCCUCGCUGAAGCGACGCGUGCAACGACUCCUCGCGCACGCCGCGAAGAAAAGAGCCCGCGGAGGAGAGGCGGCUACAAGCGAGGUCGAUGGAGACGAGGACGACGAGGUCCGCGAUGCAGGCACGCACAGACGACCAGUCGGUCUGGGAAGUAGUCCUGUUCCAGCCUCCACCGGCAAGAAUAGGAGAAAUGUCAAGGCAGAAAGGGCGUCAGGGAGUCGGCCUGGGACUGCGCAGACGGAGUCGUCAACAUCGGGGAUCCUGGAUGUCGAGGACGAUGAUCUUGCUUGAGUCUGAGUUGAUACCAGACAAAGAUGCCUGUCGGCUGUAUGAUGCCAGGGCAGUGCACAAUAAAGCUAAGAUAUUGAGUACGGCAUCUUGACUAGCAUUCGAUAUGGACAGAAAUGAUAGCGCACAUCCAACACCGCACCUAUUUUUUGGAUCUACAAACUA